AUGCGUUUCUCAACCAUCGCCCUCCCAGUUCUUGCUACCCUCGCCGCAGCUCAGAAUCCCGUCUCCUCCCUACUAUCCUCGGCCGCCAGUGUCGUCUCUUCGGUCGCCUCGUCCCGCGCUGCCUCUGCGUCCGGCGUCGUUUCCUCCAUCGCUUCCUCGCAUGCUUCUGCUGCUUCAUCGGUCAUCUCCUCGCGUGCUUCUGUUGCUUCGUCGGUUGUAGCCUCGGCCUCAAGCCACGCCUCGUCUGCUGCUUCUGCCGCUUCCUCAAUCCACUCUUCGGCUUCGAGCCACGCUGCCAGCGUCACGGCGUCGGCCAGUGGGUCCCGCACUGCGAGCGCUACGCCCUCUCAGUUCACCGGUGCUGCGGAUAUCGUUGGUGUUGAGGGGUUGACUGGUGUUGUUGCGGGCAUGAUUGGUCUUGCGGCAUGGAUGUUGUAG